AGCAGUCGCAAUCGCACGCUAGAACAAACUAAAAGCCGUGUUAAAUACAAUCGAACGGGUCGAAAUAAAAAAUAAAGAAAAUAUAUUUAACAAAAAAAGUAUCUUUAGCUAUUGCUGUAUUUCUCUCUCACUAACUGUAAACUGUAGCAGCAGCAGCAUCAGCAGCUGUUUGUAUCUGUGCAGUAGACUGCGAGCUAGCUGGCUAGCAAAACGUGUUCGUAACCGUGAAAUAAGCGUGAAAACGAAAACGAAUUCGUUUCAUUUACAUAUCAAAGACAUGUGCUUCAACUAGCCUAAAUGUCGUCAAAGCACGUUGUUUGAUACGUCAAAAAACGUCAAUAUAAAAUUUCCACUGACUGCAGCUACUGCAGAGCGAAAGAGAGAAAGAGAGAGAGAGAGAGAGAGAGAGAGCGAGAAGGAGACGGAGUUACAGAUUAAGAGAUCUACAUAUAUUGUUGUUGUAAACCCGCGCCGCACACAUGACAACCACUUUGAACAUGGUGAAAACUGGGAAAUACGCCAAUGAUAAAAUCAUUGGCGUGCGGCAUGUGCAGUGCAUCCUUUGCUUCUUCUGCCUCUCGCUGGCAUACGCGUGGCGCGUGAAUCUGAGCGUUGCGCUGGUGGCCAUGACUGGACCGACAAACCAGACGGAGGCCAAUGCAACGCUCGACAGCUCCGAGGAGUCCGUGGACUUUGAUUUCUUCCCCUUUACGGAAACGGAGAAGUCCUACAUGCUGAGCAGCUUCUUUUGGGGCUACAUAGUCACCCAGGUGCCCGGUGGUUACAUCGCUCAGCGCUAUGGCGCCAAGAUGUUGCUGAUGGUGGGUUUGGUGGCCUGUGCCAUAUUGACGCUCUUGACACCGCUGGCGCUCAAGCUGGGCGGCUGGCAGGCGUUGUGUGUGGUGCGCGUGCUGGAGGGUCUGACGCAGGGUGCAGUGCAUCCGGCUACCCAUUCGCUGCUAUCCAAAUGGGCGCCAGCCAACGAGCGCGGCAUGCUAGCCACAAUUUGCUACUCGGGCGCACAAUUUGGCACCAUCAUGAUGUUGGCCACGAGUGGAUUUAUCGCCGAUUCCUUUGCUGGCUGGCCCGGCAUCUUCUAUUUCGGCGGCAUCUGCGGCUUCAUCUGGGUGCUCCUUUGGUGGAUCUUCGCGGCCAGCACACCGGAGGAACACAAGCGCAUCACACGCGAAGAGCUGAAGUUUAUCGAGGAGACACGUUCGGUGGGCAAAAUGCAGGAUGCCCGCAAAAUGGCGCCCACGCCAUGGGGCAGCAUCUUCACCUCAAUGCCGUUUCUGUCGCUGCUGGUGGUGCACUGCACGCACAUGUGGGGCUUCUGGACGCUGCUCACCCAGAUACCCAGCUACAUGAAGAACAUUUAUAACAUUGACAUCAAGUCCAGUUCGCUGCUCUCCUCGCUGCCCUACACCGUGAUGAUGGUGCUCAGCUUCUUCUUUGUCUGGCUGUCGAAGGUGCUGCAGAACAACAAGUCCAUAUCGACCUCCUUCAAUCGGAAGUUUUUCAACUCGGUCGGCCACUGGAUACCCAUGCUGUCGCUGAUCGGCCUGGGCUAUGUGCCGCAAGAGAACUCCGUUCUGGCUGUGGUGCUGCUAACGCUGACGGUGGGCAUUAGCGCUGCGACCUAUCUGGGCUUCCAGGUCAAUCACAUUGACCUGUCGCCCAACUAUGCGGGCACCCUGAUGGGCAUCACAAAUGCGGCGGCCAAUGUCAUGAGUGGCCUGGCCCCACUCGCUGUGGGCCAAAUCGUACAGCAUCCGAAAAAUGUGAGCGAAUGGCGUACGGUUUUCUUUGUGGCUGCCAUCUUCUAUUUCAUUGGCAAUCUGCUCUUUGUUGUCUUCGGACGCACGGACAUCCAGAAGUGGGAUACACCAGAGAUGAUCGACGAGGAGAGCAUCGAGGCGGGCCAACCUCUGGCGGGCGAUAAGGCUGUACAGCCAAUCCCAAUAGCCAAUGGCAAACCCUAAGCUCUGGACUUAAGACUAAAUCAUGCCUAACUAAGUAAAGUUAUGUGAAAUAAUUUGAUAGCUGCAUGAUUUGUUUAUAGUUGUUGUGUUUUUUCAUAAACUAAGCGCCUAAAUUAAGACAAUAGCAAUUAGUUAGUUGUUAACGAAGAAACACCUUAAAAUUGCCAUAACGACGAUCGCGUGCUUCCAAUAGCGAUAUUAAUAAUAAUAACAUAUGAUAAUUGUUUAGCUUGUAGGCAGCAUAAAUUAUUAUUUCCAGUAUUUCUUCCAUAAUGUACAUAAAAAAACAAAACAGAAAAAAAUAAAUCCCAGCUAAUUGACAAUGUAAAUAGCAAAGAUUGCUAUCUUUAAGUAAAUAUAAGCGCUGCUCUAUUAAUUGUUAUGUUUU